AAGGUAGAGAAUGAAAAAGAAAGGGACACCAUAAGCUGACAAAUUCUGAGACACCCUUUCUUAUCAUACAAAAACCCAAAGCCACUCUCUCUCUCUCUCCCUGUCUACCAAACGAAUCUCUGCUCCUCUCUCUCUCUCUCUCUCUGUUUCUGAAAACAAAAACAAAAAGAAAAAAUAUAUACAUAUUAUAUAAUUUUUCAAAGAAAUAAUUAAUACAUUCUAGAAUAAUUGAUGAGUGCUUGCUUAGCUUCGUGAACUUGGGUCUUGGAGCGCUUUGAUUAAAUCCAAAGAGUGAUUUCCGACUCCAGUGACUCUGAGUCUGAGCCUUGCCCUUUCUUUUUCAUGUGGAUUGUGAAUUUCUAUCAUAUAUCAUCAAGCUUAUUAGUGAGAUAGAAAGUGAUUGAAACAAGAGAAGAGAGAGAGAGACCUUUCAUCCUUGGUUUCCUAUCUAAUACCAAUCCUUGUUUUUCUUUGUUUUCAAAGUUUAUAUUACAUUUUGCUCUGUUUUUAGUUUCUCAGAGAAAGGCUUUCAUGCAGAAACUCUCUCGAAAAAGGAAGUAAACAAAUAUUCCUUGCUACUUUUCUACAAUAUCGAUUUCUCAAAUUUUGAAUAUCUCUGAAUCUCUCUCAAACCCUUUUUCACUUUACCCUCUAUAAUUUUAGAGAAACAUAGAAAGUGGGUCGCCUCCAACAUAGAAAAGCCUUCUAAAAGCAGAUUCAAAGUUCUCAUCUUUAACCCAUUCCUUGCUUUCUUUCUCUCUCUGUCUCUUUCAUGUUCCAACUAGUUUUUAUUUUUUAUUUUGCCUACUUUUAUUAUUAAAAUUUACACUCUAAUCACAUUUGCUCGAGCACCAAACAGGUCCCCAAAAUCUCAUCAUUCCAUACUCUCAUAACCAAAAGAUGUCAACUUUUACGUCCAUUUUGGCACUCCUUGUUCUGCUAUUCUCCAACUUUCACCAUUGUCUCGCCGGUUUACUCGCUGAACCUUUGAAACCUGGCGAAUACUCGAGCCCCAAUACAGUCCCAGCCUUUCCGGUCCAGACCCAGGCCCAGAAUUGUCGACUCGACCUCUCCGAUGAGCUAUUUGGCGGUGUAAGGGAAGCCUGUGGCAGAGACCUCGACCGAAGCCGAUGUUGCCCUGUACUAGCGGCGUGGCUCUUCGCGGCUCACGCCAGGUCGGCACUUGAUGUUUCGUCGGCUCCGUCACCGUCGCCCGAUGGAGACCUUCCGAUGAUGCCUGAUGACUCGCAGAAAUGCGUGAACUCGCUGCAGAGCUCGUUGCUGAGCCGCAACAUUCGGCUUCAGCAACCCAAUUCGAGCUGCGACGCCAUUUUAUGCUUCUGUGGGAUCAGGCUCCACCAGAUUACGUCGCUGAGUUGUCCGGCGGCGUUUAACAUGUCCGGGUUCCACAACGCCACUCCCACCGCUGCCGUUAAGAAUUUGGAGAAGAAUUGCCGGAACUCCUCCUAUUCCGGCUGCACCAAAUGCCUCGGUGCUCUGGAAAAGCUAAAGGGCGGGUACAAGAACGGAACGGGAGGAGAAAGUAGGCAAAGUGAGAGGGCCAGCAAAAUGUUCAACAGGGAUUGCCAGCUCAUGGGUCUGACGUGGCUUUUAGCGAGAAACAAAACGGCGUACAUACCGACUGUUUCCGCUGUAUUGCGCGCCAUCAUGUACAGUGCGCACCCACCGCACCAGUCCAAGUGUAGCCCGGACCAGGAGAACAUGCCUCUAGCCGUUGACUCGUUGCAGUUCGAGAAGGCCAGAGCCUCAUCAUCACCGUCCAAUAUUUGGUUUCCGAUUUUGCCCCUAAUCAUUUUGGUGUCUCUGUUUGUUUAGGUCUGUCAGAUUGCCUUGGCCUGUCCAGUGUAUUUUUUGGUAGUCGCUGUCGGGUCACGUGAUGCUAGUAGACAAACGGGCUUAAUUGGGUUUGUUUUGUUGAAUUUUUUAUUUUUAUUUUUUGGCCCACUGUAAAUACUUAGCUCGUUUUAAGACUUGUUUCACAUGUAGGACGAGGUCUGACUUGUUCACA